AUGGCUGCAGGCGCGUUCUUGAAAGUGGAUGGAACCCGGAUUGUGGACCAGGACAACAAUGAGGUUGUGUUGCAUGGGGCUGGGCUUGGUGGUUGGAUGACGCUGAAUGAGCCGGUACGCGAUGCGUUGGAGGAGACCAUCGGCAAGGAGAAGGCCGCUUUCUUCUUUGACAAGGUACACUCUGACGAAGGAAUGACCUUCCUGGAGCAUUUCUUCACGGAGAAGGAUGCCAUCUUCUUCAAGUCUUUGGGCUUGAACUGCAUUCGAAUCGCAGUGGGGUACCGACACUUUGAAGACGACAUGAACCCCCGCGUCCUCAAACCAGACGCCUUCAAGCACCUCGACAGGGCCAUCUCCCUCUGCGCCAAACACUCCAUCUACACCGUCAUCGACGUGCACACCGCACCCGGCGGGCAGAGCGGGGGCUGGCACGCCGACGCCGGCGUGCACAUCGCCAACUUCUGGAGACACAAAGACUUCCAAGACCGGCUGGUCUGGCUCUGGACCGAGCUCGCAAAGCACUACAAAGACAACCCCUGGAUCGCGGGCUACAACGUCCUCAACGAGCCCGCGGACCCGCACCCCCAGCACGCGGGUUUGAUCAAGAUGUACGACAGGCUGCAUCAGGCUAUUCGCGAGAUUGAUGGGAACCAUAUCAUCUUCCUCGAUGGGAACACGUUUGCGACGGAUUUUACAAAGUUUCCCGAGGAUGCGGGGACGAGGUGGACGAAUACGGCGUAUGCGAUACAUGAUUACGCUGUUUAUGGGUUUCCGAGUGCGCCGGAGCCGUAUGAGGGCUCCGAGGCCCAGAAGGAGAGGUUGCUAAAGACGUAUAAGAGGAAGAGGGAGUGGAUGGAUCAGAGGGGUUUGUGUGUGUGGAAUGGGGAGUGGGGGCCUGUGUAUGCGAGGAGGGAGUAUGAUGGCGAUGCGAUGGAGGAUAUUAAUGAGAGGAGAUAUAACGUGUUGAAGGACCAAUUGGAGAUUUAUGAAAAGGAUCGCCUCAGCUGGUCCAUCUGGCUCUAUAAAGACAUUGGCUUCCAAGGGAUGGUCUACGUCUCCCCAGACACGCCCUACCGCCAACGCUUCAAAGACUUCCUCGCCAAGAAACACAGACUCGCAGCAGACGCCUGGGGUAAAGACGACCAACACGUCAAGCAAUUCUAUAGCCCCAUCAUCUCCUUGAUCGAGGACAACAUCAAGGAUAAAUCCCACCUCAAGCUCUACCCGCCAUUGUGGACCGUUCCGGAGAGGACGACAAGACUGGCGAGAACGAUGUUGGUGGCAGAAUACCUGGUGCAAGAGUGGGCAGACUUGUUCCUGGGAUUGGACGAACAACAGCUGGAGGAACUAGCGAAGAGUUUUUCGUUCGAUAACUGCUUGAAGCGGGAUGGGUUGAACGAGGUUCUAACGGCUCAUGCCGAAAGGGUCAGCAAGAAAUAG